UUCGCGAUUACUUUUCUGCAAGUCAGAGAUGACAGCUGCAGUGCAGCCACACUGCUGUAGUGUCGUCUACUCAAUCCCCCGCCCUUCGCGUGGAUGGCUCCGGCGAGGUCCGCCGUCGCCGCCGCCGCCGCCGGUAGCACGUACAGGCAACGGAAGCUGCAGCGUCAGGAUUAAACCCGCAAAAGGAUAGCCAAGGUUCCAGACUUCCAGUUAUAGGUUUAAAGCUAAAAUUUGAACAUGGUAGAAGCUUUGGUCAUAGCAGUUGUUCAAAAGAUUUCAUCGGCACUUGCAGAAGAAGGAUCGAAGAUACUUGCUUCUAAGUUGAAGAAGCAAGCACCUGACCUUCUUGAAGUAACCAAUAAAAUGAGACUACUUCAAAGCGACUUCUCAAUGUUGCAAGCAUUCAUAGCUCAAGUGGCUGUGGACAGGUCCAAUGAUAUGGUACUUGAGGCCUGGAUGGAACAGGUAAGGCUAGCAGCGCAUGAAGCUGAGGACAUUGUCGAUGAAUACACUUAUCUUGUUGGCCAAACGGAAGGGACUGGCAGUUUCCUAAAGAAAGCAUUCAACCAAGCAAUCGAAGUUAAGAAAUGGCGCAAGCUUUCAGCUCAGGCAAAACUAGUAGAGGAUCGUCUACAAAAGAUUUCUGAAGCGAAAAAUAGAUUUGAUAUCUCAUUUGCAAGCAGUGGAAGAGAGAAUACAGCGAGUUAUCCAAGUAGGCACCAUCAUUUAUCUGAAUAUUCAUACUUGAAUGAUGAUGAUGAUUUAGUUGGUAAUGCAGAAGAGAUGAAGCGAUUAAUAGAAUGGUUAUGUGAUGCAAAAAAAGAUCGCAGUGUAAUCUCCAUAUGUGGAAUGGGAGGGUUGGGCAAGACAACUCUUGCUAGUAGCAUUUACAAGAAGGAAGAAAUUAAAAGAACAUUUAUUUGCCGUGCAUGGAUCACUGUCUCACAAAAUCACGGUGUUAAAAAUCUCCUGAAAAAGAUCUUAGUCCAACUCAUGAGCAAAACUGAAAAUAUUAUGGAUGGGGCUGAUACCAUGGAUUGUGUGAGUCUUGUGGAACAACUUCAAAGAUAUCUAAAAGGGAGGAGAUACUUAAUUGUUCUGGAUGAUGUAUGGAGUAGGGAGGCCUGGCCUUUACUAGAUAAUGCAUUUGUUAAGAACAACAAUGGCAGCCGAGUAGUUAUCACAACUCGAAUCGAAACGGUAGCAUCUCUAGCAGAUGCAAACUAUGAACUGAAGCUUACACUUCUACCAAAGCAGGAAGCCUGGACUCUUUUCUGUCAAAAGGCUUUCUCAAGAUUAGAUGACAGAAGUUGCCCCCAUAAUCUGAAGACCGUCGCUGAAAGAAUCGUGGAGAAAUGCCAAGGUUUGCCACUGGCUCUUGUAGCUAUAGGGAGCCUUUUAUCGUACAAAGAAAUGGAUGAGCAUGAGUGGGAGUUGUUCUAUAAUCAACUUAGGUGGCAGCUCAGUAACAAUCCAGAGCUGAGCUGGGUCGCUAGUGUUCUGAAUCUCAGUUACAAUGAUCUCCCUAGUUAUCUAAAGAAUUGCUUUCUUUACUGCGGCCUGUUCCCUGAAGAUUAUCGAAUUGAGAGAAAACGGUUAAUCAGAUUGUGGAUAGCCGAAGGAUUUGUUCAGGAUAGAGGACCUGAGACAACAUUGACAGAUGUAGCUGCAUGUUACCUGAAGGAACUUGCUAGUCGAUCAUUGCUUCAGGUUGUGAAUAGGAAUGAAUAUGGAAGGCCAAAGAGAUUCCAGAUGCAUGAUCUUGUUAGGGAAAUAUCCCUAACCAUAUCUAAGAAGGAAAAAUUUGCUACUACAUGGGACUGUCCUAACUCAGAUGGAGUUACCGAUGGAUCACGGCGUGUUUCUUUACAAAAGGAUGGCAAUUUAGUCCAAGCAGCAAAAUGUUCAUCUCAGCUUCGGUCCAUGCUCAUGUUUACAGAGGAAAUAUCGUUGUCUUGGUUCACAGAUUGCUACCAAAGCUUUAGAUUGCUAAGGGUCUUGUGCCUGAGAAAUUGCAAUGUUCACAAGGUACCAGAUUCUGUUUCUCAGCUGUUUAACUUGCACUACCUAGACUUGGGAUACACAAAACUGAAAGAGAUACCGAGUUCGAUAGGGAAGCUUAGCAAUCUGCAAACGCUUUAUCUCAAUGGUUCUGUGCUGGAGUUACCCAGUGAGACCACAAUGUUAACUAAGCUUCACCAUCUACUUAUAGAUGUCGGGCGGUUUGGGAAGUCAGCGAGUAGCAAAAUAAGUUGCCUGGAACAUCUACAGACUCUGAGAAGCAUAGAAGCCAAUAGCUACAUAGUGAAAAACCUUGGAUGCUUGACAAGGAUGAGAAGUGUCGGUAUCAUGAAGGUGCUGGAGUCCCACAACACUGAUCUAUGGACCUCAAUCAGCAAGAUGACAUCUCUGAAUUCAUUGUCUGUUCUCGCAGAAGAUCGUGAUCGAUACGCCCUUGAUCUCGGCAACUUAAAACCUUUAUCUCACCUGGAGAAGCUGAUGAUAAGUGGCAGGCUACACAAAGGAGCAAUUCCUCCCGUUUUUGCCAGCUUCACCAAACUGAGAAGCUUGAGCCUCUGCUUCUCUGGUCUUCAUGAAGAUCCGCUCGCUUCUUUUGCUGCCAUGUUCCAGAAUCUAGGCCAUCUUAACCUUUACCGGUGCUUCGACGGGGCGAAACUGACAUUUCGCGCUGGAUGGUUCCCUAACCUGAAACACCUGUACCUGAGCUCCAUGAAUGAGCUCAGGGAGGUUGAGGUUGAGGAUGGCGCCAUGAGAAGCUUGUGGAGACUUGAGCUUUGGAGCUUGAAAAGCUUAACAUCUGUGCCACAGGGCUUUGUGCAUCUUAGGUCACUCCAGCAGCUGUGCAUUGGAUCAUUGAUGCCUGAAGAGUUCCACAGGAGGUUAGAGGGAAUCGAUCGGUGGAUUGUUCGGCACAUCCCCUACAUCGGAGACCCGUGAUCGCGCUGCUACCCUCACAAGCAUGAUAAACUGUGUAUGAAAUUUCAUGAUUGGAUCGGAUUGGAGGCUUUCUUAAGAAAAAAUGUUGUCUUAAUCUGUUUUAAUGCAAUUUUGAAGGGUCAUCUAAUUUAUGCCACACACUGCAAUAGUGGCAGUUCUUGAAUCCAAUAACACUGGAGGUUUAUUU